GUGGCGCGAAAACGAACCUGAUCGAUCUCCCAGGAAAAGAGGAAGACGAUGGCGCGAAACCUUCUCCUGCUCGCUCUACUCUUCUUCGCACUGGUUUCUUCUAGAAGCUUCUCCUGGACCCCCUCGCCAAAGCCGGCGGCGGCGGCGCCGGAAUCGCCGUCUCCGGCCACCGCUCUCUUCGUGCUCGGCGACUCCUCCGUGAACUGCGGCGACAACACCUUCUUCUACCCGUUCUGCGACCGUUCUCGCCACCGCCUCCUCCCCGAUCUCAUCGCGGCGCGGAUGGGGCUCCCUCCGCCGCGUCCCUUCUACUCCCUCAACGGCUCCGCCGCCGCCGCCGCGCGCGGCGUCAACUUCGGCUCCACUCCGGCGACCAUCCUCUCCGCCGUCGGCGGCGGCGGAGGAGGAGGCGGAGGCUUCGUCUUCAUGUUCCAGACGCUGAGCCAGCAGGUGCGCCAGGUGUUCGAGACGCUCCAGCUGGUCCAGCUCAUGUACGGCCGCCGCGGCUUCGCCCGCCUCCUCGCCUCCCAGAUGAUCCGCGCCGUCCAAGAUCUCUACGACGCCGACGUGAGGAGGGUGGCGGUGGUGGGGGUGGGGCCUCUGGGGUGCGCGCCGAGAGUCGUGUGGGAGGGGGCGCGGGGAUCGGACGGCCGUGAUUGCGUCGACGAGCUGAACGAACUGAUCCAAGGGUACAACGCGAAGCUGGCGGCGAGGCUGACGAGCUUGCGAUCGCAGCUACCCGAAGCUGAGAUCGUCUUUUGCGAUGUCUACAAAGCGGUGACGGAGAUUAUCUCAAACCCUAGUGUCUAUGGAUUUGAGAAUGUAAGGGAUGCGUGCUGCGGGUUUGGCCGGUUCGGAGGAAUGAUAGGGUGCCUGGCUGGCGAGAUGGCAUGUACGGAGCCCGAGAAACACGUUUGGUGGGAUUUUUACAGCACCUCUGAUGCUGUUAAUGCCAUCCUCGCCAACUGGUUGUGGUCGCCAUCGCCUGGGCCUGGAAUCAGCAUCUGCCAGCCAAUCAGCCUUCAGCAGUUGGCAGGUGCCGAACGGUAGUCUACUACCCCUAAUGCCCGGAAGUGGUCGGGGGAAUCGAUGGUAAGAAUCAGCAACUGGAAGGUUAAUCUUAUGAAGAUCUGGGUGAAUUCUGAAGAGGCUGCAGUUACUUGGUUAUGUUUGGAACAUUUGAGGAUAUACUAAACCAAGUUCUUAAAAUUAUGGAUUAGCAAAGAACAGCUAUAUCUCUGGGUACUUCCAGAUAUGAAGGGCUUUUCUUGCAGAAUUUUAGUAAUUAGAUAGAACUAGAACUGCUAGCAGCGAAUAUUAUGCCCUAGUCGUCGAAAUCCUGUUAUUUUUACUUAGGAAUCAAAAUACAGUGAAAAGUAGCUUAUAGCUUUUCCGGAUCUCGAUUGAUAUACUGCUAUAUAUGUAUAUAUUAUAUUUUGGGAGACUAUUUAAUUGUAUGAGCCUAGAUGGUGGCUGCAUCAUAGUCCACUGCUAAAUAUUGACACAAAUUAAGAUCUUCAUG